AUGACGUCAAAGCAGCAAUUGACGCGGCUGUUCGGCGUUCUCAAGAUUGAGGAUGCCGCAAAAGAACUCGGUAUAGGAAUAACUGCGUUAAAAAAGCGUUGCCGCGAAUAUGGGAUAUACCGCUGGCCGCACCGACAGGUAUGA